AUGGCACGAUCGGAUUGCUUUUGGAUUUGGUAUUGCCUUUUAGGCAGCAGUCUACUCCUUGCUUUGGCUCAGAACUAUUGCGAUCCGCAAUUGUGCCCCGGCGGGCUACGGCAUGUGGCUUGCCAGAGCACGGGCCGCUUUGCUGAUGGUUGUCGCGCCGAGCUCGUGAAUGUGAAUCCGCAUAUUGCACUCAUACUGGGUCUGCACAACGAACGUCGCAAUCGGAUCGCCAGUGGUGGCCUGAGUGGCUUUCCGAGUGCCACCCACAUGGCCAGCAUGUCGUGGGACUCGACGCUGGCAACCCUGGCCGCCUACAACACGCUGCGCUGUCGCAUGGAGCACGAUCAGUGCCGCAAUACGAACACCUAUCGGUUCGCCGGCCAGAACCUGAGCGUCCUCUUCACGCGCAACAUCGAUGUGGAGCCAUUCCUGCGACAGCGCAUCGAAGCCUGGUUCGAUGAGCACCGCUAUGCCACCAGCGCCGACAUAGAGAACUAUCAGCCGCGUGGCGGACCCGCCUUUGGACACUUCACGACCAUGAUUAAUGAACGCAACAAUCGCAUCGGAUGCGCCAUUCUACGGUAUACGGACGCCAACAACUCGCAGGGUACGCUACUUGCGUGCAACUACGCCGUCACGAACGUCAUAAACAAUCCCGUAUAUCGGUCGGGCUCACCCGCUUCCGAGUGCACCACGGGCCGUCAUUCCAACUAUCCCAAUCUUUGUUCAAGCAACGAGUCCUACAACUACAAUGAAUGGGCUGGAUAA